GGUCGCGUUUAUUAUACUUUUAUUUUAUAAAUAUUUUAAUUUCAAAUAAAAUAUUUUUGUUGUUUAAUAUUAAACGAAAGUUUACAGGACUGGGUCAACUACUUAAUGAAUUGCAGAAGAAAAAAAAUAAAAACGGUGUAAAGAAUAUUUUGAAUCAAAUUUUGGAUAAAGUACAAAUAAACUUUAAUUUACCAAUAUAGUCGGCAAAAUGGUGAGCGAUGAAAAAAACUGUAAGCUUCCUCAACCUGGUGCUCCACUAAAAAAUUAUAUAAAACUUGAGUUCAGAUCUUCCUUCGAUCUGGUUAACCAAGAACGUUUACUGAAAGUCAAGACUCUAACCUAUUUUGGACUGCUGAUAAAAAUAAGAGCACUCGCCGCUAACCUAGAGACUAAUGCUAAUACCAUAAAUGUUAUGUCGCAAGCUAUCUCCAAACAAAGCAAAAGGAUUCGAUUUAUUAAAUCCAAGUUUGAGAAUUCAAUCGCUGCAAGCAAACUCUAUCAUUUAUUGAUUGCAAAUCAUCUUUUCAAAAAGCAAGACCGAAUUCCAAAUCGUAGAGGUAGGUACGUGUACUGUGGCAGUUUGGAGGCUGAAAUCACUGAGCGCUUGGAAGAUCUAAUAUCUGAAGAAGAAUAUAGUUUGGAGCAAUUUAGUAAGAUUAGAAACUUCCAAGAAUCUGAGAUAUAUUUGCUCAAUCACACAGAGCUUCUUAACUGGAAAAUAGUUGAUUUCGUAAUUACGCAGAUUUUGUGCUUUAAAGUAGAGAAAACAUACCAAAAAUUAAACGACGCGGCGUUUCAGUGUGUAACUUUGGUAAUAAUUUUGCACUAUAUGGAAAAGUCUCAUCGCAAUCCAACAGAGUGCAUCAAGAAAUUCUUUACGGAUAUUAAAGUUAAUAGACACUACCGUUUAAAGUUUUUACUAAAACAGGAUUUACUGGUACUUGGCAUAAAGACAAUGGAAAAGGUUCUUAAAAGCACAAACAACCAGCAGAUACUGAAUGAACCAUUGGAUAUUGUCGUGUAUGAUUUGGAUGAUGAAGAUACAUCUGAUUCCGAAAGUGGAACGGAGGAUACAGAAUAAGGCCACAGUAUAUUUUACGUUAUGGAGAAUGUCGCAAGAAUCAUAUUUGUAGAAAUGAAUGAUAUACGUCACGAAAACAAACAAAAGUACUAUAAAAUUUAUAAUAAAU